AUGUUUUACACGCAGAAUGGCGUGUCGCGUGUUGAAUGGGUGGAAGGGAGCAACACUUUGACGCGACUGACAAGUAGCCAGCAACGUUGGGGAUUCGACAGCGCGGCUAGAGCGUUAUCCAUUCGAGUUGAUGCGUGCAAAGCAGGCAAGUUGAGUGCAGAUUCUUACGUACAAGUCCCACCUUUGUCGAUCGACUUCUUUGUACGAACCUACAGACGGCAUGGAGUAGCUUCCAUUUGUGAUAUCGCCAGUGCCUCGACAGAGCGUCACCAACACAGAAUUGGCCAGCACUGUUUGACAGUCUGCUCACCGAGAGACUCUAGACCGUGUAGCUCUUUUGUGUGCGCGUGUGUCUCUUUAUACCUGCAUGUCUGUCUUAGUUAG